GGGCAUGGAGCUGGCAAGCCCGCGUUGAGACAGGACGCGCCUGCUAGCCGCCAGCGAGAGGCUCUCUGCCGUCCGGCGCGCGGGCUCCCCGGCUGGGGCCAGGCAAACUUUUCUUUCUCUUUUGCCAUCACUUAGAGGCGCCUGGUGCGGCGGGCGGACCGACUCCUCGGCGCGGCGGGGCCGGGGCAAGCUGGCCACGGCAUGAUGCGCGCUGUGUGGGAGGCGCUGGCGGCGCUGGCGGCGGUGGCGUGCCUGGUAGGCGCGGUGCGCGGCGGUCCCGGGCUUAGCAUGUUCGCCGGCCAGGCGGCGCAGCCUGAUCCUUGCUCGGAUGAGAACGGGCAUCCGCGCCGCUGCAUCCCGGACUUUGUCAACGCGGCCUUCGGCAAGGAUGUGCGCGUGUCCAGCACCUGCGGCCGGCCCCCGGCGCGCUACUGCGUGGUGAGCGAGCGUGGCGAGGAGCGGCUGCGCUCGUGUCACCUCUGCAACUCUUCGGAUCCCAAGAAAGCGCAUCCGCCCGCCUUCCUCACCGACCUCAACAACCCGCACAACCUGACGUGCUGGCAGUCCGAGAACUACCUGCAGUUCCCGCACAACGUGACGCUCACUCUGUCGCUCGGCAAGAAGUUUGAGGUGACCUACGUGAGCCUGCAAUUCUGCUCGCCGCGGCCAGAGUCCAUGGCCAUCUACAAGUCCAUGGACUAUGGGCGCACGUGGGUGCCCUUCCAGUUCUAUUCCACUCAGUGCCGCAAAAUGUACAACCGGCCGCACCGCGCGCCCAUCACCAAGCAGAACGAGCAGGAGGCCGUGUGCACCGACUCGCACACCGACAUGCGCCCACUCUCCGGCGGGCUGAUCGCUUUCAGCACGCUGGACGGACGGCCCUCGGCGCACGAUUUCGACAACUCGCCGGUGCUGCAAGACUGGGUCACGGCCACCGACAUCCGCGUGGCUUUCAGCCGCUUGCACACGUUUGGCGACGAGAACGAAGAUGACUCGGAGCUGGCGCGCGACUCCUAUUACUAUGCAGUGUCUGACCUGCAGGUUGGCGGCCGCUGCAAGUGCAACGGCCACGCUGCGCGUUGCGUGCGCGACCGAGACGACAGUCUGGUGUGUGACUGCAGGCACAACACGGCCGGCCCUGAAUGCGACCGUUGCAAGCCCUUCCACUACGACCGGCCCUGGCAGCGUGCCACGGCCCGCGAGGCCAACGAGUGCGUGGCCUGCAACUGCAACCUCCAUGCUCGGCGCUGCAGAUUCAACAUGGAGCUCUACAAGUUAUCGGGGCGCAAGAGCGGGGGUGUCUGUCUCAACUGCCGCCAUAACACUGCGGGCCGCCACUGUCACUACUGCAAGGAGGGCUUCUAUCGAGACAUGGGCAAGCCUAUCACCCACCGGAAGGCUUGCAAAGCCUGUGAUUGCCACCCUGUGGGUGCUGCUGGCAAGACCUGCAAUCAAACCACUGGCCAGUGUCCCUGCAAGGACGGCGUGACAGGCAUCACCUGCAACCGCUGUGCCAAAGGCUACCAGCAGAGCCGCUCCCCCAUCGCCCCUUGCAUCAAGAUUCCUGUGGCGCCACCCACCACUGCAGCCAGCAGCGUGGAGGAACCAGAAGUUACCUUAAGUGGAGAGCACAGUGCAGGAGACCCACCAGCCAGAACAUAUGCACCACCUGAUGACUGUGACUCCUAUUGCAAGGCCUCCAAAGGAAAGCUGAAGAUGAAUAUGAAGAAAUACUGCAGGAAGGACUAUGCUGUCCAGAUCCACAUCUUGAAGGCGGACAAAGCAGGGGACUGGUGGAAGUUCACAGUGAACAUCAUCUCCGUGUACAAGCAGGGCACAAGUCGUAUUCGCCGUGGUGACCAGAGUUUGUGGAUCCGCUCACGAGAUAUCGCCUGCAAGUGUCCCAAAAUCAAGCCCCUCAAGAAGUACCUGCUGUUGGGCAAUGCUGAGGACUCGCCUGACCAGAGUGGCAUCGUGGCAGACAAGAGCAGCCUGGUGAUCCAGUGGCGGGACACAUGGGCAAGGCGGCUGCGCAAGUUCCAGCAGCGGGAGAAGAAGGGCAAGUGCAAGAAGGCCUAGCGCGGAGGUGGCGCAGGCUCCAGGAGGGCGGGCAGGGCGCUGGCAGAGGCUGGCAGCCUUGGACUUGGCCCGCCAGGGUUUUUCCCGGGGAGGGUGGGGGCGGGGCGAAGUCAAAGUGGGGCGGGGCCCUCAGCGGCUCCGCCCCAGCCCCACCCUCACACCCCUGGCUGCGCUCUUAAGCGCAUUGGCAGAAAGUACCCUGUAUUGACAGGUCAGGCCCUAGAGAAAUGAGGACAAGACAUAGCUACCUCACGGCGCUCCUUCCAGAACAGAGAUGCGCUUCCCCUAGGGCUAGGUGGGGGUCGCCGUGGAGGGGUUGGGGGUCCCGAGAGGCGGGAACAGAAUGGCACAGUGGACCACAGCCGCUGUGUUUGAUGGUUAUUGAAGGGGAUAUGAGAACUGUGAAUUUUUGGGCCUGCAGCCUGGGCAGGGGCAACCAAUCCACCACCGACACUAGUCAUGCCCCCCUCCUUUCUCCAUCACCUGCUGUCUAGGAAUUCCCACAGGACUCUAGACUCUUGACAACAGGUCCCUAUGUCAAAGGGUCAGAUGACACUGGGAUCAGCCAGCUUCGGUCUCCACUGCCACCUGCUGGGCUGGUCUCCUGGGUGGAGUUCACCAUCUGUAGGGAGGAGAGGCUCCGUGUCCUGGGGCCUGCCCUACCUCAGUGGGGCUGGCCCAGGCUCCUGGCCCAUCAGAGGGCCUAGGGCCUAAGGACCCUGAAGUCAAGCCGGGUGGUCACUGCCUCUGUUGGAGCUGCCUGUGGAAGGAGGCAUUGCAAACCAAAACCUCCCAGAGAGUUUCCUUGCUGGAAACUUGGAAACAGCCCUUUUUAUGACAUUUUCCAGGGGAGGGGGAGGGGUACUGGCGGGGUUUAGGGCAAUGACACUAUUUGUGUAAUGACAUCAGUUCCCACAAGGCCUCACAGCAAUGUCAACAGCUGGAAAGGGCCUGGUCAGGUCUGGAAUGCCAGAGGCUGUAUAGGCAGUUUGAACCGGCCUUGGGGGAAGGGGCUUGCCUGAGUCAGGACAGGGUUGCUGCCCAGCGAGGUGCCUAGUUUUCAAGCUGUAGGAAGGCAAGGCCAGGAAUGGUCAGGUUCCUGGGGUUCAAGGAGGUGGUGACUGCUUCCUGUUGCUGCCCUCACUGCUGGCUCCCAAGGAAAGGGACACAGACUCCUUGGUUAAGAAACCCACUCUAGCCCCCAGCUGUCUUGGUCUAGCCUGGACAGUCUGGUCCAUUCCUUUCUGGCUCCCUUCUUUGUGGAGGUCCCUAAGCCCUCCUGUAUGCCUAGCCCUCUUUUCUCUUAGAGAUUUAAUGUCUUCAUGCAGGCCAGCUCCAAGCUUCCCUUCUGAUUGCUUCCUGGGCCCCUUUAGCCUUUCUCUGCCUCCCUGAACUGGGCCCUCGAGCCUCACGCCCCGCACACUGGAUGAGAGGCCUAGCCCUCUCAGUCAGGAAAUUGGUUUCAUUUCUCCUGCCCAUUUGGCGGCCCUGAAGGGCCAUAUGAGGGAUGAAGCUCCACCCCUUAGUGACACGGCUCCCUCUGCUUCUUCACCUCUGCCCACAUCACCACUGCCACUUACUGAGCGCUCCCUUGGUGCCAGGCACUUUACCCAUACACUCCCGGCUUGUUUUCACUACAAACCCGAGACAGGGAUUCAUUCUUGUCCUCAUGUUCACCAGGAAAAAGAUGUGUCCACGUGCCCAAGGUCACACCAGCACUGGUACUCAGACCCUGACCUUACCACAGUUGCACAUCAGCUGUUAGUCCGCUUGACAUUCCCACAGCAGGUGAGGGUGGGAUGGGGUAGUGGUUAUCACCGAGACACAGGCAGCUUGUCUCUAGAGAACAUUGAGGAUCUGAGCCUGGAGUAUGGUCUGGGAUGGACACAGUAACACCUCCAGAGGAGGCAUCAGGGGUGGUGAGGCAUGAGGAAUGGACUCCCUAGAGGAAAGCUGUGAGGUCCAGGAAGACAGGCGUGGCCAUCUGAGAGGGCCUGGAAAGGUGACCUGGCUGCUUCACAAGCAGGAGGAAGACUAUAGGGCUUCAGAGAGAGGCUGGGACCAAGUACACAGACCUACCCUGGCAAGGGCCACGUGGAUUCUCUGGUCUAAGCUUGAGAUUGAGGGCAAGGGCCACUACCCAGGACAGUGUAGUUUGCUGGGUGCCAUCUGUAGCAAAUAACAACCCAACUGUAUGGCGGCUGUCUUAUUUCUGAACCAGCAUGGCUUCUGCCCACGAACCUUGGAUUCCAGUCUCACAUGGUGUCCAGUGAAGCCCCUUAACUAGCCUGCCCCACCUCCCCUGCUAAUCAAUGAGCCAUCUUGUUUGACAUCCACAAGGCCUCCUGCCCUGCCCUCUGUGGUACAUUAAACAGUCAAGAUGAGCCAAGGUCAUUGCUGAGGGAGCAGAGUUUGUCACAGCUGCCACCUCUGUUCUGGACCCGAAUCCAGUCCACCUCUCCUCUGCCUGAGAGCCAGCCUUAGGGAGGCAGCUGUCUCCUACCCAUCCUGGGCCCCACCCUAGGGAGGAGAUGGAAAGGGAAAAGGAGACAUCUUAUUUGUACAGUUAGGAAGGGGUACAAAAUGGAAGUAGGAUUUUGAGUUUGAGAGUGUAUUAACACAGUUGUGAUAUGUAGGUCUUUGAAGAAAACCAUACCAGGUUAGUCACUUACCAGUCAAGAUUCCCCAGCUGUCCUUUUGCUCACCAUUUGAGUAGUCUGGUCCCCUGCCACCAGAAUGCCUCCUUUGCUGACACACAGUAGUACAAAGGUGUGGGGUUAAGGAGAUGGCUGCUCCCAGCUACACCUGUGAGCUGUGGCCUCUGGCCAGAGCUUCUGUCCUGGAAAGCAGGGCAGGAGACAGGAUCAUCGGGCUCCUUCAGAUGGGAGGGGGUUCAGAUGCCUAGGGCAAAGUCUAGGGAAGCUGGAGUGGCCUCUCUGAGGGCCUUAGGGACUUUCUAGAACUCUGCCUCAGUGGUUACAUAUAGGCAGUGAGUACAGUCUGUCUUAGGAUUGCCCCUGAGCUGGAACAUGACUGAGAUGAGGCCCUUCAGGACUGACCUGGGAAAUGGUUUCUUUAGAGUCUCAACACUUGAAGGACUCCAUCCAGGAAACCUGGAGAGUGGGCUCACUGAUGGGCCGUGGGUCACAGACAGACAUUCCUGUGGACCAGAGCCAUGCCAUACCCCAGGGGUAUCAAAAUUGUCUUUGUGGGGCCUUGCCCCUGCCAAAAACUAAGCCAGCCUCACCUCUUGUGUCAGUGGACAUCCUUCCCCUUUUCCUGAUCUGGGUACACCCCCGGCCUCCCUCCUGUGUCACCGAUUCUGCUUACACAGAAUUGUAAAUGUUUAGUUGUGACCAUGACAUAUUGUUUGGGCCAGUGUUCCUUUCCAAUGCAUACUAAUAUAUUAUGGUUAUUAUAUAUGAAUAUAUUUAAUGACAUGGAGAAAGUUGUGGAUUUUCUUUUCUUUUUUUUUUUUUUUAAAGGUUUUUUUUUUUGUUGUUAGAGUUGUAAUGGACCCAGAUGGAACUUGUAACGUGGGCCCUACAUGAUAGAACUAAAUUCAGAUAUCAUUAAAUAAACUCUUGUAUACUGU